UGUGAUGUAUUAAAUAAAAUCCAUUAAAAAAGCUGAAGGCGGCUGAUACAGGCUAUGAUAAUUUGGUCUUCUUUACUAAAAUUAAUACAAGUUUAACGUUAUCGUGUUUGAAAUGGCAGCCAACCGCGAGCGUCGUUCGAAUGCCGGUAAUCGAAUUGCAAAGCUGCUCGAUGACGAGGAAGAAGAUGAGUUCUAUAAAACUUCAUAUGGAGGCUUCCAAGACGCAGCUGACGACAAGGAAUACAUUCAGAAAAAUGAAGAUGAAGACGACAUUGUUGAUUCGGACUUCAGUAUCGAUGAAAAUGAUGAACCAGUUUCUGACCAAGAGGAAGAAAUCCCAAAGCGCAAAAAGAAAGUCGUUACCCGAGCUUACAAAGAGCCGACGAAGAAAAGUUCUCCAGUUAAAGCAGUGAAGGAGACUAAACAAAAAGCGGAACGUCAAAAAUCCCCAAAGAGAAGAGAUAGAAGCACUUUUACAGUGCACGAUUCUGGACGGAAAUCAUUCCGAAAAUCAACAGCCGCCAAAUCUGCAGCCACUUUGAGCCGCAUGAAACAACGGGUGGAAGCAGAAAAGCGAAAACCGAAAAUAGUCAAGGUAGAAGAAUACAUUCCCACCCAGGAAGAGUUAUUGGAAGAAGCAAAAAUUACCGAAAAGGAAAAUCUCAAAUCGCUCGAAAAGUUCCGGCGAAUGGAGUUGGAGAAAAAAAAGACACGUCCAACAAAGAGAGUUUUUACAGGUCCGAUACUAAAAUAUCAUUCCUUGACCAUGCCGCUGGUUGAGGAAGUGCCGGAUACAUCGCCUAAAAAUGACGUAAAUGAAACGGAUGAAGCGGCUGAGAAAAGUAAAGAGAAAAGUAUCAAAAAACGACGGAAAUCAGUUAUGCCCAAAGUAGAAGUAAAGGGCAAAUGUGAGCGUACCUUUAUCACAUUCGACAAUGACAUAGACGAUACUCUGUUUAGCAGUUACUUCCCAAAGGCUCAGAAACGGGAGCGGCGAAGCCAGAUUUGCGCCAUUACUAGGCUUCCAGCUCGAUACUUUGAUCCGAUUACUCAACUUCCUUACCGUAAUUUGCAAGCAUUCAAAAUACUGCGCGAAGCUUAUUAUCAACAGCUUGAGGACAAAGGAAACACUGAAAAUCCGGAAGUUAGUAAGUGGCUUGAGUGGCGCAAAAAGAUCAAGGAUUUUCGGAUGAAAAGCCUGAACAAGAGCAGUUCGUUGCUGGGGAUGAUUUCUGCGUCCACCGGACAGGCUCAGUAGAGGGUAAGCUUUCAAUGAGAUCAAAUACAGAUAAGU